AGUAGUAAAACCCGCUCCAUGGGAGGCGGGCGCGCCCUGGAGGUGGCUGGCUGCUGGGAUGGCAGAUGAAGAAGAAGACCCUGCGUUUGAGGAGGAAAAUGAAGAAAUUGGAGGAGGUGCAGAAGGUGGACAGGGUAAAAGAAAGAGACUUUUUUCUAAAGAAUUACGGUGUAUGAUGUAUGGGUUUGGGGACGACCAGAAUCCUUAUACUGAGUCAGUAGAUAUUCUUGAAGACCUUGUCAUAGAGUUCAUCACUGAAAUGACUCACAAGGCAAUGUCAAUUGGAAGACAAGGUCGGGUACAAUCGCCGCGCCGGCUUUUCCUUCGAGUCCAGCUGGUCCUUGGAGCGCUAGCGGGGAGCCGGUCCACCAAACUAGUCCCCACCGUGCCCCGGGCUGGCGCCCGCCCAGCCGACUCUCCCUUCGACGCAGGCACCUGCCUGGCCGCCCCGCUCGGCGGGGUCCUGAGGCGCCUCGGGGAAGCGCGGCGAUUGGCUGCGGCUCGGGGCUGGUGCUCGGCUGCAGCGCCGCUUGACAACCGCAGUGUGUGA